AUGGCACCAGACCCCCGUGUUAGUGACCAGGAACUAGCUGCUAUUAAUGCCGCAGCCGUUACUCGAAAGUACAGGGCCGAUCCCAGAAUAGACUAUCGAACUGUGUCUGCUAUCAACGGGCCUCUCGUUGUGCUGGACAAUGUCAAGUUCCCUUCCUACAAUGAAAUCGUCCAAUUAACGCUUCCCGAUGGCACCAAGCGUGGCGGACAAGUUCUGGAAGUAUCCGGGAAGAAGGCAAUUGUUCAGGUGUUUGAGGGAACUUCAGGGGUUGACGUGAAGGCCACACAUGUCGAGUUCACGGGUAGCAGCAUGAAGCUUCCAGUGUCGGAAGAUAUGUUAGGGAGGAUAUUCAAUGGUUCCGGCGUCCCAAUGGACAAGGGGCCCAAGGUGUUCGCUGAAGACUAUCUCGAUAUCAAUGGAUCACCCAUAAAUCCUUAUUCACGCAUCUAUCCCGAGGAGAUGAUUCAAACUGGUAUUUCCACGAUCGAUACCAUGAACUCCAUUGCUCGCGGCCAAAAAAUCCCCAUUUUCUCCGCUGCUGGUCUGCCGCAUAAUGAGAUUGCAGCACAAAUUUGCCGCCAGGCAGGUCUAGUGAAACGCCCCACGAAAGACGUUCAUGAUGGACACGAGGAUAACUUCUCGAUCGUCUUCGCUGCUAUGGGUGUGAACAUGGAAACAGCUCGAUUCUUCAAAUCGGACUUCGAAGAGAACGGAAGUUUGGAUCGUGUUACGCUAUUCUUGAACCAUGCUAAUGAUCCAACUAUCGAGCGUAUCAUCACCCCACGUCUAGCGCUAACAACCGCCGAAUACUACGCCUACCAACUAGAGAAACAUGUCUUGGUUAUUCUUACAGAUAUGAGUUCGUAUGCCGACGCCUUGCGUGAAGUAUCCGCUGCUCGGGAAGAAGUCCCUGGACGACGUGGUUAUCCAGGAUACAUGUACACUGAUCUCUCAACAAUCUAUGAGCGAGCUGGGCGUGUGGAGGGUCGAAAUGGCUCUAUUACGCAGAUCCCAAUUCUUACUAUGCCUAACGACGAUAUCACCCACCCAAUCCCAGAUCUGACAGGUUACAUCACAGAAGGCCAAAUUAUUGUGGACCGAAAUCUUCACAAUCGACAGAUUUACCCUCCUAUCAACGUCCUACCAUCACUCUCUCGUUUAAUGAAGAGCGCCAUUGGCGAAGAGUUGACAAGGAAGGAUCACGGCGAUGUCAGCAACCAAAUGUAUGCCAAGUACGCGAUUGGGCGGGAUGCAGCUGCCAUGAAGGCCGUUGUCGGUGAGGAAGCUCUCUCGGCGGAAGAUAAACUUGCAUUAGAGUUCCUGGACCGAUUUGAGCAUGAAUUUGUUUCACAAGGUGCCUACGAGUCACGUACUAUCUUUGAGUCUCUAGAUAUGGCCUGGUCUUUACUUCGGGUCUUCCCGAAGGAGCUGCUCAACCGAAUAAGCCCAAAGGUUAUUGAAGAGUUCUACCAUCGCAAACCAACGAAAUCCAAAGCUGACGGAGGUGAGGCAAAGAAGGAAGAUAAGUUGAUCGAUGACAGCGCCUGA